CCUUUACCUGAGUCCUUUUACUCUAGAUUUUUAGAUCCCAACAAUGGCCCUCCCACCCUCCACAGCGAACUGGCACUGGAAGAACAAGAACAUCACGCGCUGGGGCCAGGAGUGGUUUGAAAGGGAAUUGACAACGAUUAGCAUCCAGGGCGACAAGGAAGGCGAGGUAAUCUCAAUCUCAAAGGUGACAGAGGUCGAUGGCGAUAUCGAGCUCGGUCAGAGAAAGUCAAAAUUGAUCACGAUCUUCGACUGCAAAAUCUCUUUGGCAUGGACGGGUACAACCAGUGAAGGGACGGAAGUGAAAGGGACGCUCACCAUCCCGGAGGUAUCUCAUGAAAUUGUCUGUGACAACCUGUCUGACUAUGUGUACGACUGGAGCCUCACCACCCAGUCAUCGACAGACGUCAACGCGUUGUUCGCUUUGGCCAAGACGCGCUUGCCCACAGCGCUGGAAACGAAGUUCGCCACGUUCCCAAGUGCCAUCAUCGAUACCCACGGAAAGGACCUUACUAUCAGCGCUGAUCCAAGUCGCGUGGGUACCCCUGCUCCAGGCAGUGGGACUUCUACUCCUGCUCCUGCAGUCGCAUCCACGUCGUCUGCUGCGCCUGUGAAGAAGCCCACCGAGAAGAAAGCUCUCAACACGUCGACUAUUACUGUGGAAGCUAACUUCCAAGCGUCAGCUGACGAUCUUUUCGGGCUCCUAACAGAUGAGAAGAGGAUUCCUCUAUGGACUCGUGCUCCAGCAAAGUCAACACCUCAACCAGGAUCUGAAUACUCCCUGUUUGGUGGAGGUGUCAAAGGCAAAUAUGUCUCGCUCACGCCGUCCACUGAAAUUGUGCAAACCUGGGCUGUGCAAAGUCCUACAUGGCCAUCUGGACAUGCUGCAACAUUGACCACGAAACUUGAACAAUCCUCUGACUCAACCAAGGUGACUUUCUCGCUCGUUGGAGUUCCUAAAGGCCAGGAAGAUGAAAUUAAGCGCAACAUCGAAGGAUAUUACAUUCACGGCUUCAAAUCCAUUGGGUUGGGAACGGAACUUUAAGUCGUUUGUCGUCUCUGCUGGCCUCGUUCAAACUCCACAGGCCAGAGGAAUGGCAAUGAUGGGCAGAGGGACUGUAGAAAGAAAAAGGAAAUAAGAAGUCACAUUUAAAGAUGGAUCAAGUAAUGAAGUUGAAGGAGGGGGGUGUUCGCUAGUCGGGUUACUUGUGAUCACAUACCCUUCUACCUACCUAGUUAUUAGGCUAGCUCUUGGGUUUUUUGUCCGAGUCUGCUGGUGGCAAUCCCAAUAAAUUUUUUGAA